AUGCCAGUAAAGAAAGAUGCCAAUCAAUGGUUUGAUGUUGGUAUUAUUAAGAGCACAUCAACUGUUGUGUCACAUUAUCAUCUACCAACAGAUGGUAUGUCUGGUAAUGGUGAUGAUAUUGAUGUUGUCAAUGUACCAGAUCAUAGUGUUUUGAAAAGACAAGAAUUGCAACCUGGUACAGCCUAUAAAUUUCGAGUAUCGGGUGUUAAUGCUUGUGGUAGAGGACCCUUCAGUGAAGUUUCAGCAUUUAAAACAUGUUUACCAGGUUUCCCUGGUGCCCCUUCUGCUAUCAAAAUCAGUAAGAGUGUUGAAGGAGCACACCUAUCCUGGGAACCACCACAAAAUACAGCUGGUAAAAUAACAGAAUAUUCAGUGUAUUUAGCAGUGAGAAACGCAGCCACAGCCCAACCAGAACAAAAACCAGGCACACCUGCUCAAUUAGCUUUUGUUCGUGUUUAUUGUGGACCAAAUCCAUCCUGUAUAGUAACAUCAGCUAGUUUAACAUCAGCACAUAUAGAUUACACCACCAAACCAGCCAUUAUAUUCCGAAUAGCAGCUCGUAAUGAGAAAGGUUAUGGUCCAGCUACUCAAGUCAGGUGGCUUCAAGGUUAG